ACGUCCAGAAGGGGGCGGAGCCCGGCGGAAAGAUGGCGUUUUUACGCUGUAGAAGAGAUCCCUGUGGUGUUAUUUGCCUGGUUUUAACUUAUUUCAGCGUGUUCUACGCGGACUAUGUGGUCAUACAGUAUGUUCUCAUCCCUGCCUAUGCUGAAAGCGUUUGGGGAAUGCUGCAUGGAUCCUUGUUCAACCUGAUCCUGCUGCUGCUGCUGGCCUGCCACUCUAAAGCCGUCUUCUCAGAUCCUGGCAUGGUGCCGCUCCCGGACACGGCCUUGGACUUCUCAGACCUGCGAUCUCAAUCGUCUCGGAUGAGCGAGCGGGGCUGUGAGGGCUGGACGGUGUGCAGCCGCUGCGAGAACUACAGACCUCCCAGAGCGCACCACUGCAGGGUCUGCCAGAGGUGCAUCCGCCGCAUGGACCACCACUGUCCCUGGAUCAAUAAUUGUGUCGGGGAGUUGAACCAGAAAUAUUUCAUCCAGUUUCUCUUCUACACCGGCGUCGCCAGCCUGUACUCCAUGGUUCUGGUGGCAUGGGCCUGGGUGUGGCGGAUCCGGAACGAGAGGGAAGGCGACGCCGACAAGGAGGGAGAGGAGUCGCUGAGCAAACAUCUGAUAGUAGCUCAUUACCUCAUUCUGCUGGUGGAGUCGGUGCUGUUCGGGGUGUUUGUCAUGGUCAUCUUCUACGAUCAGCUGAUCUCCAUCAUCACUGAUGAGACUCCCAUAGAGCAGAUGAAGAACCGGCUGAUGAUCAGAGACCGCAGCUCCUCCACUUCCACCUCGCCGUCCUCCGCCUCUCCGCAGCAGCCGCCCCAUCACCUCCCGCACGCCACCCGCAAGCCCAAGCUGGCGCUGCUGAGAGAGGUCUUCGGUAGAGGUUCGGUUUUCUGCUGGCUGCUGCCGCUCCACUCCAGCCCGCCAUCGGCCGGAGGAAUCAUCUACUCCGCCCUGCCCGACUACGACGUCUGACCUCCGACCUCCGGCCUCUGAUCUGUGAGCGGAGGAACGGAUGUUUGUGUGUGAAGGAAUGACUUUGCUGCCUAAAAAUGAUGUCUGAUCUUUCAGCUGAGAGGUGAAAAUGAAGAAGGGAUGACUGA